GUUCAGACUUUGUCCCGGCUGCAGGAAGUCGUCACUGGGUCGUCACGCCGACGCCGAGCCGAGGAGCUGCAGCUUUGCACCAGUCACUCCAAACACCAUGAAGUCUUCAUCAUCAUCAGGAACCUCGACCUCAGCUGGACCAGACACUCAGCUGCCCUCCUCUGCAUCGCCUCCUCCUCACCUGUCUCCUCACCUGUCUCUGCAGAGUCCAGAGCUGCAGGCAGAGUUUCUACAAGAGUGUCGGAACAAACUUCGGUCUUUCAGCGACGUCAGUGAAUCCAGCGUCCUCACCCCUGCUGCCUCCCCCUCCUCUCCUGUGCCUUCCCCCUUCAGUCCCACGCCCUCCUCCUCCCCCUCUCCCCGGAGCUCCUCGUCCUCCUCCUCGUCCUCCCCCAGCUUCAGCAGCAGACCAGCUCGUCUGUCUCUGUCCAGCCCUGAGCUCCUCUCAGAGCUGAAGGAGUCCAGGACCCGCCCCCUCCGACAUGUCCCCGCCCACAACGGCCUGACCACCGUCUUCUCUGGACGAGGACGAGGACGAGGACAGGUCUCUGGCUCCACCCUCUCCACACGGCCGGCCAAUCAGAAGAGUCCACCCUGACUCUGUCAGCACCUGGACCUGAGCCCGUCACAGACUCUGCUCCUCUAGAACUAACAAUGUUUUAAUCAUUGAUUUCUGCAUCUGCUCAGCUGAUCCCAGUCUGACUUACACUGACCCCUCACUAAGCCCCGCCCCCUCAGGUACUGUUGCUAACCUGUCAAUCAUUUUGUCCAGAGCAGUUUCCCAGAGUCCAAAGUGUUGAUUUGUCCGAGGUACUGACUGUAUAACCUGAUGAAAGAACUGUGUCCAUUAAACCUGUUGAUACUGAUCACACUGAA